AUGUCGGCGGUGCGACCAGUAGUCGGCAGCGGCCUUGCCGGCUGCUGCACGGUGGUAUCGACGUUCGGUGCGAUCAUCCUCGCCAUUUUCGGAUACGGCUUCCAGCACAACUGGCCAGCGCUGAUGGGCAGCACCGAGGACCCUGAGGACGGCAUCGCCGUGGGCCAGACCUCGGCGUGCAUCGCAGAUACAGCCGCAUUCAACUAUGAUGCGCAGUCCCUUUCGCAGCCUUCGCGAUCUGGCAUGACAGUGCUGCACUGUUACCACAGCCUCCACUUUGUGGUCGGUUGCCCCUCAUCCUCGAAGGCACGGGAAGGAGCGAAACGGAUGAGUGGAUGCGAUGGCGGAAGAUGCGACGUCGAGUCGUGCAAUCUGGCUUGCGGAUCUACCGAAGCAUCCCCGAUCCCCGAUGAGAGAUUGGAUGGUGAGAUCUCUUCAGGCAGUUGCUCGAAAGCGUCCUUCAAGCAGCAGCUGCUGGCUGGAAGCAAGGGCUGGGUCAAGGGAACGACGAUGCCAUGGCGGAUCGAGCGAUCGCAUCGAGGAUCGGUGAUUGGCCCUCAGUCGGUCGGCGCUCUGAAAGCCAAUGGCCAGGCCAACGCUGCAAAGAGCCGCGGCUCGGCAUAUGCUUGCGCAGAUGAGCAUGCUUUCUCGCAUCUCGUCUUGACUGCUCUGGGCAUGCGGCUCUCGCAGGAGCCGACGCGGGGUCCGAGCAAACCGCUGCCAUGCAAGAGCAGCGGCAGCGGAAGCCACUAUGCGAGAGCCGUGGCCGUGGUCGUGGCGAUAGCGAAUGACAGCAGCAGCAUUGGCAGCGCAUCCAGGCACCGUAACCAACCCCAGCGCAGUGGCGCAGAGCAGCGCGCACAAUUCGGGCGAGGAGAGAAGCCAAGCUCGCCGUUCGCCAAGCCUGAAACCCUGGUCGACGGGUCGGGUGGUGGUGGUGGUGUCCACCUGUGGUCUUCGCGCCCCGCUCGCCUGGCGAGCCCGAGCCGCGUCGCUUGCCGCCAUUGGAACGUCACCACCACUUCGCAUACACGUAGCUUGCUCGCAUGCUGGGCUGGCCCGUGGUUUCAGAACCUUCGGGGUAUCCACCAGGCUCGCUUCCAUCGCCGUGGCCACGACUACUUAUAUUCAAGCAGGAUCAACUCGUCCGCGUCUGUCCCGCAUCCACGACCACGACGCCAUUUCUCCUCUUUUCUUUGGACAUCCUCGACACGACAGAUCUCGGUCUGCUACGCUUCCACCAUGUCGGUUCUCCUUCCCAAGGUGCAGAGUUCGCUGGAGCAUCUCACGGCCACGCAUGUUGCGCUCGGCUCGGUCAUCGUGUUCGUGCUGCUCUGCCUCAUCGCACCUGACCGCUACAUCUUUGCCUCGCAUCGAAAGGGCAUCAAGGAGGUGCCCGGUGCGCUGCCCAUCGUCGGCAACCUCUUCUUCCUGCUCGACAUUGCGUCCAAGCGUCGCCGCUUCCUCGAUGAAUUCCUGCGCAUGCAGACCAGCAUCGGCGCGGGUGGCAUGCCGUGGGCCAUCACCAUGCCUGCGCUCGGCGGCCGCGUGACGUCGAUCAACCGCCCCGAGUACAUCCGCUGGGUGCAGAAGACCAACUUUGAAAACUACGUCAAGGGCCCCUACUUCCAAAAGUCGAUGGGCGACGUCAUGUCGCUCCACGGCAUCUUUGUCGCCGACGGCGAGGUGUGGCGCAAGCAACGCAAGAUGGCCUCGCACAUCUUUAGCGUGGGAAACUUCCGCACCCACGUCCAGACCACCAUCCAGCGCGAUCUGGGCAAGCUCAACAAGCUUAUGCACGACGCCAGCGCCAAAGACGCCCCGAUCAACCUGCCGGACCUCUUCUUCCGCUUCACGCUCAGCUCCUUCUCCCUCAUGGCGUUUUCGGCCGACAUCAAGUGCCUCCCCUCGGACGUCGCCUCGCUCGACAAGGUGGUCGAGUUCGCGGCCAACUUUGACUAUGCGCAGCGUGUGAUGGACGAGCGCUUCGUCGACCCCAUGGCCGGAUUCACCGAGCUCUUCUCCGCACAGGGACGCAAGAUGCGCAGGACAAUCAAGGCACUGCACAACUUCUGCUACGAGAUCAUCGACCUGCGCCUGGCUGCGCGCGAGAGGGGCGAGGCUCAGGCGGCGUCGGGCAAGGGCGACAAGGAUCUGCUGGCGCUGUUUAUGGAGCAGAACCUGGGCCGCGACGAGCUGCUGCCCGUCGUGCUCAACUUUUUGAUUGCCGGUCGCGACACCACGGCGCAGGCGCUCGGAUGGCUCUUCUACGAGUUCUCCAAGUCGCCCGAGUGUGUGGAGAAGGCGCGCGAGGAGAUCCACGAGAAGCUCGGCGCGGGCAGCGACUUCCGCAGCAUGGCAUACGACGAUCUGUCUUCGCUCGUGUACGUGCAGGCGUGCUUCCUCGAGGCGCUGCGCCUGCACCCUUCGGUGCCCAAGAACCUCAAGCUGGCCGUCAAGGACGAUGUCAUCCGCCCGUACGCGCAGGGGUCGUCCGAGGCCGAGGUGGCGCUCAACGCGGUGCCGUCGACGCAGAAGCUGCCGGAUCUGGUGAUCAAGAAGGGCGAGACGGUCACAUGGCAGGACCAUACCAUGGCGCGCAUGCCCGAGCUGUGGGGCGAGGACUGCGAAGAGUUCAAGCCCGAACGCUUUAUCGAGAAGCGCGCCGACGGCUCGUUGGGCAUCAAGACGUACUCGCAGUACCUCUUCCACGCGUUCAACGCCGGCCCGCGACUGUGCCUGGGCCAGACGCUCGCCACCUACGAGGGCUGCGCCGUCGUCGCCGAGAUCCUGGGCAACUUUGACGUCAAGUACGACCACGCCGCGCUCAAGAACGACGAGCCGACGUACGACGACUCGCUCACGCUGCCCAUCAAGAACCCCUACCACAUCCGCGUCCAGGCGCGCGACGACUAG